UCAUCAACGGUCUCUUAUAGCCUGGAAGACCCCAAUCUCCAUUCUACUGUUGCCGAACUGAAGAGCUAGAGACGAAAAUGGGGAGCUCGGUAAGCUUCUAUGGUUUCCUAGUGCUGUGCGCCAUCUUUGCCGUCCACGUGUCUCUUUCUUCAUCAACCACCGUCGACUUCAUCGGCGACAGCGAAAUGGGCUUCUUCCCGAUGAAAUCGGAGUGUCGCGGAUCCAUCGGGGAGUGUCUGCUUUCAGAGGACGGGCUGUUCGGGUCGGAGUUCGAGAUGGACUCGGAGGCAAACCGGCGCAUUCUAGCAGGGCGUAGAUACAUAAGCUACGGUGCGCUGAGGAGGAACACUGUACCGUGCUCUCGACGCGGCGCUUCCUACUACAAUUGCCGGCCCGGUGCUCAGGCAAAUCCUUACCGCCGCGGAUGCAGCCGCAUCACUCGAUGCAGGGGUUGAAAUUCUUUAUCUGUCUUUCUAAAUUUUCUUUUUAUUUAACUUUUAUUAUUAUUUUAAAAUUUUUAAAUGAUGAGUUUAUUGGGAAGAAGUCUGCUAUACACAAGUAGAAGGGGAAGGCAGUAGAGAGAUUGAAUAAAAUCCGGUGAUGGAUGUAUUGUAAUUUAGGUACACAUUCUUGUUUUCUGAGUGAAUUGUGGCUAUAUGUCCAAAUUGUUUGUAUUAUUCUCAUUUCUCAUCAAUUAUCACAUCUCAUGGCUUGCCUGCGUUGCGUUA